ACCUCUGUAUAGUCAAUUCAAAGGACGGUCCAGCUCUAACCACAACAUCCUGUGCAUCUUUGUGCCUGAGAUUGUACACGUCUACGUUGUUGAUUUUUACAACCGAAUCGCCUGCGAUGAGGCCCGCUCUUUCGGCUGGAGAGCCUCCAUUUACCUGAAACCAAGAAAAUUUAUAAAAUGGUUAAUUCGGGGAAAAUCGGUAAAAUUUUAAUAAAAGCACUGCUAAAGUUGUGAUUUGGCAACGUUGAGCCUGACAAAAUUGUGCUUUUUAUUUGUCAAAAUGACUAAAUCAAUUACAAAAACUUUACUACAUUUACUCAAAGAUUUUAAAUCGACGGAAUACGUUACGGAAAUCGAUUUUAUUCAAAAGUGCAUCAACGACAACCGAUUUUCGUCCGAAGAUAUUAUUAUUGAUUAUUUUUUGAAAUUGCGCCAGUGCGAAGAGUUCCUGGAGAAGGUCGCGAAAGAUUUUAUACAUUUCCAGUGCCUCCGAAGGGUCAGCGAAGAGUACAUCAAGAUACUGAUAUUCUUCCUAGUUUUCGUAUUAGACUCGAAAAAUGCACAGGAAAUCUUGGAGAACACCAUGUUCUACACGACCUCGCUGUUGAAUUAUCUUUGCAGAGAAGAAAAAUAUCCCACCUUUGCGAAAUGGGCCUCGCAGUAUUUUGACAAUCAAUUCGUAAUUAAUAAUAUAUUCACCCCGCUUUACAGUAGAGUUGAGGCUUUCAAAGCCAUUGUAAGAUUUAUAGAACAAGAGGAACGGAAAAAAAUACCCGUUAACAAAUUAACCAUACCGAAACCUUUCAACCUCUCCACCUCGUACAUGUCGCCCCCGCCUCCCGCUAACACCCCCGACAUGCGCAAGUCCAAUGCGGACGUAAGAAUCAAGGAGAGGAAAAUCAAACACAUAACGUACGAAGAUAUACAAAAGAAACUGCAGGAAGAGCACAAGAAGCACGUCAUUAACGCCGCCAAGUUGCUCUCGCAAGUGAAAACCUUGAAAGUACCCAAAUGCAAAUUAUCCAACACCACCACGGAAAUCACCGAAAAAUCCGUGGUGCAGACCAAGAAAGUCACCCCGACUAAAUUACCGCCGAAAAAAGACGUAGAAGUGAAGCAAAACGUCGCCACAACUUUAAGAGACGCCGCGCGUCUAAUCAAAGAGCAGGAAGAGGAAAUAAACAGGAUCCAGGAUAUUCUGAAAGGAGGCCAAGGCUCUAUUCAAUUAGAGGCCACGCUGGCCGAAGAAAGAAAGAGCAAAGAACUGAAAGAAUGGCAAACCAUACAGAAACGCCACCUGGAGGGUUUGAUCACGUUCGAGGAAGCAGUGCUGGCGAAGAAAAAACUUUUGCAGGAGAACCGGGUGAAAUUUUUAGAGGUGCAAGCAGAAAAAAUCCAUCUAAAUCAGAUGUUGGACGAGUUCAAGGAGAAAGAGUUCGAGAGGGCCAAAGCUCAGGUAGAGAGAACCCACAAAGAGAAAGAAGAGGCUAAAGAAAUCGAGAAGAAGUAUUUGGAAAAGAAAAUAGAGGACGCGCGACUGAUGGACUACGAAAUAAAGGAAAAGCUGAAGCAGAAGGAAAAGGAAAAAGCCGCGGAAUUGGCCUGCAAAAUAGAUCUCAUCAGCCAAUUGAAGAGCCUCCACGAGAUUAACGUGAAAAUGAACGAAGCCAAAAAAGAGUUUGAUCCUACCGGAACUGCCAAUCUGGGUUUACUUUGUGAAAUGUCCAUCGCGGAGCUUCGAGAGCGGCUCGCCGUUGAAAAGAUGAAGAUCUACGAGGAUUUGGAGGAGAAACGCCGGAAGGUGCAGGUCCACAAGCGGCAACAGCAGGAGAUGCUCAAUCGCUAUAAGGAAUUCAUCGACAACUCUAGAAAAAACUCGAAAAUUGCUCUAGAACCGACGUCUAAGCCCGUAGAGUUGACCGAAAACGCCGAAUUGGUGAACUUGAGGAAGGUAUUGGAGCAGAAACGAAGCUUAAGGUCUUCUAUGUAGAUGGUAUUAUGUUU